UAUGGGUUUUUGCUCAGUCUGGUGUCAGUUACAUGAAGAUAUUUGACCUUGAUCAGAACCAUCUUACUCAUAGGGAAAUAUGGAAGUCUGCAACAUGGAUGACAAUUAUUGUCCCAACUAGCAUGACAGCUUAUCUUUAUCUAUACUCCCAUGGAGAAGUAUCAUUGGCUGCCUCACAACCAGUACUCUUGUAUGCCAUUGUUGCAAUGGUACUUUUAUUUCCCUUUGAUAUUUUUUAUUUAUCAUCUCGCUACUACUUGUUGAGGACACUCUGGCGGAUCUUUCUUCCAUUACAGCCAAUUUCAUUUUCAGACUUUUUCUUGGCGGAUAUCCUAACAUCCAUGGCAAAGGUAUUUUCAGAUUUGGAGCGUUCGGUUUGUCGGAUGGUCCAUAGACAGGUUGCUACAAUUGCAUGGUUCGAAGCCGAUUCUGUGUGUGGCAGUCAUUCCAUUGCUAUCCCACUGGUGCUUGUUUUCCCUUAUAUGUGUCGUUUUCUCCAGUGUUUGCGACAAUACAAGGACACCAAGGAGAAAACCACUCUUUUAAAUGCUUUAAAAUAUUCAACGGCUGUCCCAGUGAUUUUUCUCUCAGCCCUUAAAUAUCACGUCCUCCCUGAUAGGUGGACAAAUAAUUUUCGCCCCCUUUGGCUUCUUUCAAGUGUUGUAAAUUCGCUCUACUCAUUUUACUGGGAUGUGACCCGUGAUUGGGACUUGAGUGGCUUCACUCGGAUUUUCAAGUUCAGCAAACAGCAUAUCUGCUCAAACCUAUUGUAUGGACGACAAUGGGUUUACUUUUGGGUGAUAGGAAGCAACCUUGUCCUCCGUUGUACUUGGACAUAUAAGCUGUCUGCUCAUCUUCGCCAUAACUACCUGACUGUUUUUACUAUCACGGCCUUGGAGAUUCUUCGACGCUUCCAGUGGAUUUUCUUCCGUGUGGAGAAUGAGUGGAAUAAAAUUAAGUCAGGCAUGCAGGUAUCCAUGAGCGACAUCCCAAAGGAGGAAGACAAAUUACUUGGUUCCUCCAACUAAAAUAUACAAGUAAGCUACUCAAACGGGUAUUGCCCUAUAAUAGCAUCAAUUUAAAUGCAUACCCCUGUGCGCCCCCCCCCCCCUGUAUUUCAUUAUGUUUUAUCAUUAAGGCUCACUUUGGAAAGAGUACAAAUGCAAAUAUAUACAGUGUAAAUACAUACAAAAUAUAAGGUUUUGCACUCUACAUAUUUGUAUUUGUACUCCUUCCAAACUAAGCCUAAAGGUUCAUUUUGGGGUCAUUUAAUGAGACGACCACAAAAAAUCACUUUGUAAAACAUAGGUUUAUUGAUAAUGGUAUUAUUGGUUAA